GGGGGGCGCGCAGGGCAACAGGUGACUGGUUGGGUGACGGGCGGCAGCUGGGCAGGACAUGUCCCAGUGGACCCUGCGGCAUACGUACUCCAUCCUCCUUCCCGGCGUGGAUCUGGCCUCAUAAGGUUGCCUGCGCCUCCCGUUGGGUUCCCUCCCAGCUUUGACACGUUUCCACUUCAAAUCCUUAACACGUGAGGCGAGUGCAUCUGGCGCCAUGUUCUCAGGCCGGACAGACAAGCGGUGCUUCUUCAUGUGUUUGGCCGCCUCUCAACUGCUGUUUAUUUUGCUGCUGUAUUGGCAUGGAGCCUCCAGCAUGUUUCAGGGAAUUUUCGGAGCCUACCCUGUAUGGGAUUAUUCGAAAACCCAGGACGUCUACACCAACCUGAGCCUAUUCAUUCCGGACCCCGAAGUCGCAAAGACUCAGUACUGUCCCGUCAGGUCUCCCAUACUUGUUGGUCCUUUAACCAUAACGCUCAACAAGCCGCCAAGUUUGAAGAAGAUCCAGAUGAAGAACCGCUAUGUGACGUCUGGAGGUAGCUUCAGCCCCAGGCACUGCUUUGGAACGUACCGCACAGCUAUAAUUAUACCACACAGGAAUAGAGAGUCUCACCUCCGAAGCUUGCUCUACUACCUUCACCCCUUCCUGCAACGCCAACAGCUGCACUACACGAUAUUUGUGGUUCAUCAGGCGGGGAACGCAACGUUUAACCGGGCCAAGCUCCUCAACAUCGGCGUGAGAGAAGCGCUGCGCUACGACAGCUGGGACUGUUUAAUCUUACACGACGUUGACCUCAUUCCGGAAAAUGACUACAAUCUGUACAUAUGUGACGAGUAUUACCCCAAGCAUCUCUCCAGCGCCAUUGACAAAUUCCAGUACAGCCUGCCAUAUUGGACAUGUUUUGGAGGAGUGACUGCACUUACACCAGAUCAGUUCAUGAGGAUCAAUGGAUUCCCCAACACAUACUGGGGCUGGGGAGGAGAGGACGAUGAUAUCGCCAUGAGGAUUCGCCUUUCGGGGAUGAAAUUCACUCAAAUGCCUUUAAGCCUUGGCCGAUAUAAAAUGAUCCCACACGACCGUGACUCCGGCAAUGAGGAGAACUCUUACAGGUAUGAUCUGUUAAGUAAAACGAGAAAAACCUGGAGAGAAGACGGGAUAAACUCCAUAGAUUUCCGCCUGCUUUCCAGAGAGAAGACUGAGCUCUACACCAACCUCACGGUGGACAUCGGUGAAACUCCGGUCAUGCCGACCAAAGCAAACAAGUGGUGGUUUUUUUAGCCCUUGGUCAGGGGCGUACUGAACUAUAGAGAAGCAUCCAGUGAUAUGGCUGCGGACCUGCAGUCUCUUCUCCAGUCCCUAUGCAUUCUGUAAAACCAUAAGACCUGUAGUUUCCAUUGUGACCAGUAGAGGUCACUGUGUGGACCGUGAGAUGCUGGAAUGAAACGACUUGGCCCUGACCGGUCACCCGCCUGAAGUGGCAGUCACAUUCUGACCAGGAACACAGACCAAUCACUUGAUCAUCAGUAUGUACGGAAUAGGGGAGCACAGACGCAUGGUCCCAGCGAAAUUAAUGGGUUUACGGACUUUGUGUCAGUUGAUUUGUUAACUGCACAUCUUGAUAUACAAACUGCUGCUUUUUUGCUCUAUUAGGAAAUAAGAGCACUUUUUGGUAUCCUCCCUGUUCUUUGUGUCGUCCUCUUAAAGGCCAGGUCCACCUUCACAACCAUUUCUUAUCGCGCCAAUGCAUUGAUAUUGAGAAAGGAAAUAACUUUGCGAUAGCUCUUGAUUAAAAAUCUCCUAUCAUUUUCUUUAUACAGCACUUUUGCAAACCAGUGCAUCUCCAUGGUAACAGACAACAGAGCACAGUGUAGUCGGAUUCUGCAGUCACACUU